UACCCAUUUAUCUGCCGGAAGCCGGAGAACUCAUAACAUAACGACACCCCUGAUGCUUCAUGACCGAAGCUGCUUUUGUCUUCUGCUACUUCUCUCUCUCUCUCUCUCUCUCUCUCUCUCUCUCUGCAACUUUACAUUGACAUUUAGUAAUUUACUAUGGAAGAAGUAGAGAUCCCCUCGAUUGUGGUCCUCAACGGCAACCCACAGCAAAAAACUGACACCGAAUUCAGUUCGAGCACCAACCCCAAAGUUUCACUCUUCGGCCUGUUCGCUUUCGCUGAUACGUUUGAUUAUUUCUUGAUGUUCUUGGCCACCAUUGGGUCCAUUAUUCAUGGCGCAGCACUCCCUCUGUUCUUCGUUUUCUUUGGUCGCCUCAUAAACUCUUUGGAUUCUAUUGCUAAGGAUCCCCACAGAUUAACUUCUGAGAUCUCACAGGAAGCUUUGCACUUUGUUUACUUGGGAGUCCUUGUCUUCGCUUCGGCAUGGAUGGGUAUUGCAUUCUGGAUGCAAACAGGAGAGAGACAGGCGGCUUGUUUGAGAUUGAAAUAUCUUCAAUCUGUCUUGAAACGAGAUAUUGACUUCUUUGAUAGAGAAGCCAGGGAUGAAAACAUCAUAUUUUGUAUCUCAAGUGAUGCUAUACUCGUGCAGGAUGCCAUAGGUGAUAAGACAGGUCAUGCUUUGCGAUAUCUUGCUCAGUUCUGUGUUGGCAUUGUUAUAGGAUUUACAACAGUAUGGCAGCUUUCACUUGUCAUCUUGGCUGUUGUUCCAUUGAUAGUUAUUGCUGGUGGAGGGUAUGCAAUAAUCAUGUCAACCUUGUCAAGAAAAGGUGAGGCUGCUUAUGCUGAAGCUGGGAAGGAUGCAGAAGAGAUUAUUUCACAGGUUCGUACAGUGUAUUCUUUCGUGGGGGAGGACAAAGCAAUUGAAAAAUAUUCCAGGUCACUCACAAAAGCUCUCAAUUUGGGGAAGAAGAGUGGAAUUGUAAAAGGAGUGGGUAUUGGAUCCAUAUAUGGCCUGUUGUUUUGUUCUUGGGCAUUACUUCUCUGGUAUGCCAGCAUUCUUGUCAGGCAUAGGGAUACAGAUGGUGGCAAAGCAUUUUCAACAAUUCUCAAUGUUAUAUUUAGUGGACUUGCUCUAGGCCAAGCUGCUCCAAGCCUUGGUGCCAUUGGUAAAGGACGGGCUGCUACAAGUAAUAUCAUUAGUAUGAUUCAAACAGAUUCCAGUUCUUCUCAACAGAUGGAUAAUGGAAUAAUUUUACCUGAUGUGUCUGGGAAAAUUGAAUUCUCUGAAGUCUCUUUCUCCUACCCUUCCCGACCAAAUAAGGUCUUUGAAGAUCUUAGCUUCACCAUCCAUGCUGGGCAGAAUUUUGCACUUGUUGGCCAAAGUGGAUCAGGGAAGAGCACUAUCAUUUCCAUGAUGGAAAGAUUCUAUGACCCCACAUCAGGUAAAAUACUGUUGGAUGGACAUGAUUUGAAGAGUCUUCAAUUAAAGUGGCUACGCAAACAGAUGGGUCUGGUUAAUCAAGAACCAGCACUGUUUGCAAUGUCAAUAGCUGGGAACAUUAUGUAUGGCAAAGUAGAUGCAGAAAUGGAGCAGAUUAUAGAAGCAUCCAAAGCUGCAAAUGCACAUUCCUUCAUACAAGGUCUGCCUGACGGUUAUCAUACACAGGUAGGAGAAGGUGGAGCUCAGCUUUCUGGUGGGCAGAAACAACGAAUUUCCAUUGCAAGAGCAGUGCUGAGAAACCCAAAGAUUCUACUUCUAGAUGAGGCCACAAGUGCUCUUGACACAGAAUCUGAGCUCAUUGUUCAACAGGCACUCAACAAAAUCAUGUCAGAACGGACAACAAUUAUUGUUGCCCACAGAUUAUCUACUAUCCGUGAUGUUAAUAAAAUCAUUGUAUUGAAGAACGGAAAGAUUGUUGAAAGUGGGACUCACAUAGAACUGAUGUCCAAGGGGGCAGAUGGAGAGUAUGCAAAUCUGGUGAACUUGCAGAAGUUGGGAAACAUAGAAAACCCAAGCAAAGGGAGUUGGAUUGAAUCUUCUGGAACUUCAACCAUUUCAGAAAUCCCCAGAAUGCAAAUCCAUCAUCAGAGGACCAUGUCAAUUGACAGAAAAGGGUUGCAUAUGGUUAAACAAGAGCUGGCUCCAACACCUUCAAUUUGGAAAUUGGUUAAACUGAAUGCACCUGAGUGGCCAUAUGCAUUACUUGGGUCAGUGGGUGCUGUUUUGGCUGGAAUGGAAGCUCCUCUGUUUGCAUUUGGGAUCACACACAUGUUAGCUGUGUAUACUUCUGAUGAUGACUUACAUAUCAAACAUGAAGUUCGACGGGUGUGCCUCAUAAUGAUUGGAGUAGGUGCUAUUACUGUACCUAUAUAUCUGUUGCAGCACUACUUCUAUACUUUGAUGGGAGAACAGAUAACAUCUCGCAUUCGCUUCUUGAUGUUUUCAGCUAUCCUGCGUAAUGAGAUUGGGUGGUUUGAUUUGGAUGAGAACAGUACCGGGUCUCUUACCACAAGUUUAGCAGUGGAUGCUACAUUAGUAAGAGCUGCCAUUGCUGACCGACUGUCGACGAUCCUGCAGAAUGUAGCACUCACAGUGACAGCAUUUGCUAUUUCAUUCACACUUAGUUGGCGCCUGGCAGCUGUCAUGGUUGCCACUUACCCCUUCCUCAUCAGCUCCUCCUUAGCUGAGCAAUUAUUUCUGAGGGGGUUUGGAGGAGAUUAUAACCGUGCCUACUCUCAAGACAUUGUUGUGGUACGUGAAGCAAUCACCAACAUCCGCACUGUAGCAGCUUUUGGUGCCGAGGACCAUGUAGUAAGGCAGUUCAUCCAUGAACUCAGCCAAUCAAAAAAGCAGUCACUCUUGCGUGGGCAUAUAUCAGGUGUCUGUUAUGGUCUGACAUUGUUCUUUGCCUUCUGUUCAUAUGCUCUUGCACUUUGGUAUGCAUCACUUCUCAUCAAGCACAAACACUCAAGCUUCGGAGAUGUUAUCAAGUGCUUCAUGGUAUUGCUCGUCACUGCAUUCUCAAUAGCAGAGACAUUUGCUCUUGCACCUCAGGUUGUAAAGGGAUCACAGGCACUUGGUUCAGUUUUCAAUAUACUCCAAAGAGAAACAGCCAUAGACGCAAACAGUUCAACAUCUGAGGCAGUAACACAAGUGAACGGGCUCAUAGAGUUCAGGAAUGUCAGCUUCAAGUACCCCACAAGGCCUGACAUUCUCGUCUUGGAUGACUUUAAUUUACAGGUACCGUCAGGAUGCAGCCUUGCACUAGUUGGACAGAGUGGAUCAGGAAAGAGCUCUGUGAUUUCACUCAUAUUGAGAUUCUAUGACCCCAUUUCAGGGGUUAUUCUGAUUGAUGGGCGUGAUAUUAGAGGUUUAAACUUGAAGGGAUUGAGGAUGAAGAUGGGUCUAGUUCAACAGGAGCCAGCAUUGUUCUCUACCACAAUCUAUGAGAACAUCAAGUAUGGAAAAGAGAAUGCAUCAGAAAUUGAGAUUAUGAAUGCUGCAAAAGCAGCAAAUGCUCAUGGAUUCAUAAGUAGAAUGCCUGAUGGGUAUCAAACACAUGUGGGGGAGCGUGGAAUACAGCUAUCAGGAGGACAGAAACAGAGGGUAGCCAUUGCACGAGCAAUAUUAAAAGACCCAGCCAUUCUUCUUUUGGAUGAGGCCACCAGUGCAUUGGAUACAGCCUCCGAGAGGGUUGUUCAAGAGGCUCUUGAUAGGUUGAUGGAAGGGCGGACUACAAUUUUGGUAGCACAUAGGCUAUCGACCAUCCACAAUGCAGACAAUAUUGCUGUUCUGAAACAUGGGAAGGUGGUUGAAACUGGUAGCCAUGAGACUCUCAUUCUUAGGCCUGAUAGUGUCUAUGCACAACUAAUAAAUAUACAACUGCAAAAUGGUGUAGCCUAACAAUGGCCAUCCUACUUGAUCCAAGUAUUUAAGGCUAUCCAAAUUCAAUAAAGGGCAGUCUACUGCACUAGGCUCCUACCAAUGCGGGGUCUGGAGAGGGACAGAUGUACAGCGAGGCUGUUUCCAAGAUUUAAACCCUGGUUAUUCAGGACACAAUGGAACAGUCAAAUUCAAUAUGCUUUAUAAUUGAACAAAAUAUGGAACCAUCCUACUUGAUCCAAAUUAGAUAUUAUUAUAAAAUAUGUGCUUAUAUUUACAUAAUGUCAACAUUUAUUUAUUAACAAAUCUGGUUUCAGUGUUAUAUCUUUAC